AUGAAGAGAAAAGUUGUAAAAGUUGGGAAAUUGAGACUUAGUCCUAAUGAAGAAACCAUGCUUCUGAAAGAAGAAUAUGAAAGAAGAAGAAAACUGAGGCUACAGCAAGUUAGAGAGCAACAGAAGCAUAUCGCCUUGCAGAUAAGACAGAAGGUAAAGCAGAGGAGAGAAGAGCAACUACAUCAGAUAGAGGAGGCACUGAGAGCCGAGUGGCAGAAAGCACAGGAAAAGAAGAUGAAAGCCUUAAAAGAACUGUAUUUAUCAAGCUUAAGAGCGAUUGGUGAGGGUCACCGACAGGCUAAGGAGCACGAACCUGACUUAGAAGCUCUGGCAAGGCAAGCAGAGGAAAGGAAACAAAGAGCAGAGAAGAGACAUAGGAAAGCCCUGAAAGAGCAGAAGCACCAAAAAGAAAAAUUACUCCGUGAGCAAGCCCGACGAGCGAAUGCACGGAAACAUGCUCUGGAAGUGGAAAGACAAAGAGCAGCCAAAGUUGCGAGCCUGCCACCUCCGCCGCCACAUCCUCUUGAGAAUUUUGACGUGAAAAAGGUGCCUGCGGUGAAGCCCUAUAGUGCUGACAACUUUUCUGUUACACGUUACCAUAUUUCCCAACCUUAUGUGGACAGAGAAAUGGAUGGAGAGCAGCCAGAUGCUCGGUUAGCUGCUGAAGAAGAAGGGAAACGUUUGGAGGAACUACACAGAGAGGCAGAGAGGGAGAGAAAAGAGCAGAUUGAAAAGGCACAUCUCCGAGGAAAUCAUGCCUUGAAGAAGGUCCAUUUGGCUCAGGACAGAGAAAGGCUACUGAAAGAACUUGAGCAAAUGCAGAACAUGGAUCGGAUGCGCAGAAGACAGAUCGUAGCGCAGAUGCCACCUCAGCUUGUUGUGCCUGCAUACAAACGCAUGGAAAUAGAAGAAGAAUGGCAGAAAGAGUUGGAGUUUGCAUUUGAAGAUAUGUACAGUGAAGACAGGAAAAUGAAAGGAGACCUGAUUGUGCAGUUUGAGCCACAACCUUUGCCAGCUCCGUCUGACAGAUCUCAAGAUAAUGAUCUUGAUAUCUCUUUGGAGCAAGAAUCUGCUUGUGACACUCAGCCAGAAUCUGCGUGUGAUAUGCGACAAGAAGAGGGAUGGAUGAUAGAAGAGGAGGUCCCCGAGGAAACAGAAAAUAAUGAAGCAGCAAAAACUCGCCAACCCCAGUCAAAAUUUGCUUUAAAGAAAUUGCUGAAGAAGAUCAGGAGUCAGAAAGAGGAGUGGACAUCAAAAACUGAGCAAGAAAUUCAAAGUGAAAUUGAGACUAUUGAAUCAGGCACAAUUGCUAGUGAAGAGAGACCAUUAUGUGAUUUAGAACUUAACUGUGAGCAGCAGGAAAAUACAGUAUGUGAAGUCAAAGACUCUGUGGAAAUGUUGGAAAAUACAGUUGCAGCUGAAAACUCUGUUCUAAUCCAUCCGCAAGAGCAAGCAGCUAAAAUUAGAAUGGAAGAGGAGAGACAGAAGUGGAAUGAGAAAAUAGAGCAACAGAAACAGCAACAGCUGGCCUUGCUUAAACAACUUGAAGAAGAGAGGGCACGUUUGGAGGCCGAUUUCCUGAAGAUCCAAAUGCAAACCUGUUUGAAAGAGGCUACGGAAAAAAAAGAGGAGGAAAAGCAAAGUCAGCGGGUACAGAGCCACAGUGUUCCUUCUGCAGAUCAGCAGAAUGAAGUGGAACGUGAGGCUGGGAAUACUGCUGUAUCAGAAGCCAGGAGUCCUAGGGAAGACAGCCAUUUACAGGUGAUUCGUAGUUACCAGCAACGCCUUCUACAGCAAAAUAGGCUGCACAAACAGACCAUUGAAGAAGCUAGAAGGCGUCUAAAGGAGUAUCAGAAUAAAUUGAAGCAAAGGUACUUGUCUGCUUCCGCAACACCUCCGAGCUCUGUGGAAACAAAAUCAAGUAAUUUAAAGCCUGUCUCAGAACCAGUUCUGCAGAGGCGAGGAGUGCAUCCAACGCAGUACCAGCCAUCCGAACAAGCUCAUGCCCAAGAGUAUGCGUGGGCACUACCUGUCUUUUCAGGAACAUCACAUGAGUCGGAGAAACAGUCUUCACAGAAACAGGAAGCGCAAACGUGCAACGUUCGUCCUGGCAGACGCACGCACGUUUUAGAAACAUCGAAAUUGAAGCAUGGAGAGUUUCACAUGCCGUGUAGCUGUCCUUCACGGGAACAAGUGGGAAUGUUGGAAGCCUCCAAUAAUCACGUCAGAGAACCAUCUCAGUUCCCGUUACAGACAGGGUUAGUUGUGAAAGAUGCCCCUGCAGUAAGAAUGCAACCGGAAGUACGCGUACAACGUGUUGGGUUUGUUUUGCCUGCAGAAGAUUCCUCUGAGCUUUCAGAAACGGUGCCCUUGAAGGAGUUACCUCGGAAGGUGUCUAGCCAUCAAACAGAGACAGAAGCUGGAGAAGAGUCUCCACUGAAGACACCCCUUGUGCCAGUAACAAAGGGAUCACAUAUAGUUCAGGCGAGCUUUGUCGAUUCCUUGGCAUGUCAGCAGGGAUCUGCAGAGAGGACCAUCAAAACAAGCCUUGAACAACCCCUCAGGCUUUCAGAAACCAUGACUUCGUCUCGCGAAGAACCUCAAGCUCAGGGUGUUGAGCAAUUCUUGAUAUCAAAAAUGGGAGAUGCGUCUUUGAAUUAUUGUGGUAUACUGAAUUUAAGGGACAGAGUGUUGGCCUCAGCAGAAAGCAUCCAAGCUCAGCAGAAGUAUUUGAAAGAAUUGCAGGAGCUGCUAGAUGCCCAAAGAGAAGCUAUUCUGUCUAGGCAGAAAAUACAAGAACAAUUACUCUUACAGAAGCAAGAUAAAUUGAAGGAACAGAGGCAGAGACAUCAAGAGGCUUUGAAAGAAUUUCUGAACAAGCAG